ACUCUUCCAGAAUGGACAUACCGAAGGCUGCAGCCCUGGUGUGGUGUACCCUCUGCUGCUGUUGGGAUUUUCUUUCUGUCCUCGAAGCUGCUACGCUGGGAUCUCGGCAGAAUCCCUCUUCCCGGGAUGGUCCUGGUUCCUCACCAUCCCUGGACAGGAAGCACGAGCGGACCUUCAAGCGCCAUCGCACCGGCACGGUGGUGCCGCAUGAGUACAUGCUGUCACUUUACAGCAGCCUGUCGGAGAGCGAAAGGAAAGGGCUCAACAGCAGUCUGGUCCGUGCCCGAACCCGUGCCAACAUGGUCACCAGCUUCGCGGACCAAGGAACUGACGGAACCUCCGUUGGGAAGAAACAGAGGUACCUGUUCGACAUCUCCAACCUGCCGAGCACCGGCGAGCUGGUGGGAGGCGAGCUGAGGAUCUUUAGAAAGUUCCCAGCAAACCUGCAGGCGGCGCUGUCCCGGGGCGGCGGCCUGUAUCGGAUUUUGCUACAUUCCUGCCAAGAGCUGGGGAAUCGCCCCCCGAAGCGCCUCGACUCGCGGACGGUGGAUAUCCUGGACGCCGAUUCAUCCAGCUGGCAAGUGUUCGACGUGUGGGAUUUACUGCGAAGCCACAUCACUGCGAGCCUACUGUGUUUGGAUGUGGAAAUUAUUUCCGAUUACUCCCAGGAGGUUUUAGACCCCAGGCUUUUGGGAUUUAAUCGCUCUGAUCUCCAGCCUCAGGAAAAAGCCCUUCUGGUGGUGUUCAGCAACACGAGGAAAAAGGAGAACCUCUUCCGGGAGAUCAGAGAUAAGAUCAAAUCACUGGGUGGAUCGGAUUCGCUGCAAGCCAGCCAUGGAGCCAAUGUCAAGCGCCGGAGGAAAAGGAGAACUGCCUUUUCAAGCAGAGCCAGCAGGGGAAGCGGAAAAAAAGCCAGAUCGAGAUGUAGCCGGAAGCCUCUGCAUGUUAACUUCAAGGAGCUGGGCUGGGACGACUGGAUCAUCGCGCCUUUGGACUAUGAGGCAUACCAUUGCGAAGGGAUCUGCGACUUCCCACUCCGAUCCCACCUUGAGCCCACCAACCACGCCAUCAUACAAACGUUGAUGAACUCCAUGGACCCGGAGACGACGCCCCCCAGCUGCUGCGUCCCGUCCAAGCUCAGCCCCAUCAGCAUUCUGUACAUAGACUCGGGCAACAACGUGGUUUAUAAACAGUACGAAGACAUGGUGGUGGAAUCGUGCGGAUGCAGGUAGCACCUUGCGGUUGGUCGAUCGAGAGGCCAGCGGUUCCCCGAAGCUGAUUUGCCGUGAAGCCCAGUGA